AUGGGCUGGAGAACCGGCGGAGAAAACGACCUAUCGGCGAACUUUCGGACAAUCGGUGGACAAAAGUUUCGGCGAAAUAGUGUAGGUCAGACACUCCGCCGGUUGUCCGAGAGUUCGCCGACAUGUCGUUUUCUCCGCCGGUUCUCCAGCCGGUUUCUCUGAAUUCAGUUUUUUGCCCGAGCAUUUUUUUCGUUUUUUCUUUUUAGGGAUGGGAUUUCAAAAGUUAAAAAGAAAACCCAAAUCGUCAUCUUGAUUUCCCACAGCCAUUCAUUGAGUCAAGUUCCAAUACGCGCACUCAUGUAAAUAAAAAUCACCGUCCGUUUUUUUGCGUUCAACAAUACAUAGUUUAAAUAGGACACAUCUGUCAAUAAAAAUGUAAAGGGAACCUGUCUAUGUAUGUUUUUUUUGUCUCCCGCCAAAGCUUUUACACCAUUACUCUGCGUCUCUCAUCUUUUUUGUGCGGGACGGCAAAAAGUUUGAAAGUUGAUAUAUUUUAUUUGAUUAAAGAAUUUUUGACCUUCACCAAUAAAUCACCAACUUUCUCUACCUUUAAUUUCUCUUUUUUUCGUCCACUCUUUCUUUUUCAACUAUUUAGCUGUUAAAAAUUUGGACUUUUUAUGAGUUUUUGAGCACUUUUAUCAAAGAAAUAAUAAAAUUGCGUGACUAACUGGAAUAAAUGUUCUUUUUAUAUCAGUUGUUGCAAAAGUUGUUCCAUUCUAACCGGUUGUCUGGAAGCUGUAAACUUUUUCCCCCAUUUUAUAUCUUUUCUCCAACAAAAACAAUCAUUUGACAAAAAACAGGCAAAAAAUAUGCAAAUUGACCCCCAUUAAAUAUUCCCCCACGUCAAAAAACCGUUUUUUUUCCGUUAUUUUUAUUUUUUGCCGGAAUGGUAAAAGGUGAUCACCUGAGUUGUUCUUUUCUUAGACUGUGUUGAAAUAGUUGCAUUUUUCACUGAUAAGGAGUUCGAUUUUUGCAGCACUUGAACGUCGUCAAUUUAUCACAAUGACGAAAAAGAAAAACUCGAAGAGAAAUCGCUUGAAGGUUGUUGUCACCAAAGUGCCGACUUGUAAUGCAGGUAAAUUUGACUUGGGGAUGUUAUAGGUAAUUUUAGCUAACUUUGGAAAUAAAAGGCGAACCCGAUAAACUUUUCGAAAAUUAAUCAAAUCCUCUCAAAACCUAAAAUCUAACUUUGAAAGUCAGAAUAUUUUUCCAGAAUUUCGUUCUGAAUCUGUUGCAUCAACAUCAGAUGCCAGCCGCCCGGUGAGCCGCGAAAGCAAUGUCGAAAACGCGCCCAUCGAGACAACAAAACAGCGAAAUGUAUCGAAAACAGUAUUGGGAAAAUCAUCAAAAGUCAAUAUUCCAAAUGUAAGAAUCGAUUUUUUCCAUAUUUAAUUUCAUAUUGUUGUCUAUUUAUUGAUGCUUUUUCUAAGAAGAAAAAAAGUGAUUCAAUUCCCACACAGGAAAAACUUUAAAGAAACACUCUUUUCAGACAGAUGCAGUUCCAAUUGCAAGUUCAUCCAUCGAAGCUUCAGCCGAUGAUCAUAUUCAGCAAAUUAUCGAUGAGGUUCGAAAUGCAAAAUUACCGGAAAUGGAUAGAUGUCGAGCAAUGGCGGAUAUCAAUUUUAUGAUUGGGAGCACCUCAAGUUUCUUGCAACGAUAUAAACUCCGUCAAAAAUUGUAUGCUUUCGGAUUAUUGAAUGUUUUUGCGAAUAUUUCAUCUUCUUCGAAAUUACUUGAUCAAGAAAUCGAUACAUUCAUCGAAUCAGAAAAACGAGAUACUCAAAUUCUCGGAAAUUCGGAAGAUCGAAGAGUUCCUCUCGAUAUUUGCAACAAGAUUUUCGGAAAAAUUGGCAAUGAUCAAACAUGGAAAAAGAUUGCGGAUUAUUUCGAAUAUUUGGCUGAAAAGGAGAGUGAAGAUGUUUGUGCGAUUAUUGACAAAUCUAGAAAUAUUAUUGAAUCAAAAGAUAUCGAAUGUCAAACUGAUAAUGUAGUGUUUCAAAGAAGACAUGUAACGUAUCGAUCAAAACGACCUGAAGAGAUUCCGGAAGAAAAUGAAUUUGUAUUCGAUGUUUGUUCAACAUCAGAUGAUGAAAACAAGAAUACACCAGAUACUUUAUCACCAGUCGAUACUUCACAGAAUUUGAAAAAAUGGGCGACAACUACAGAUUUGCCAUCGGCAUAUUCGGUUAAACGUGAGUGAAAAAUUCCUAGAUUUUCAACAAAAAAAAUAUUUUGUUUACAGAUAAUCAAAUAUUUUUCCGAGAUUCGGGUAGUUCGUCUUCAGAAUUUGAUGAGGAACAUUUAUUGAAUGAAACAACUUUACCAUCAAUUGGACAUGUUACGGUUAGUAUUUCAUGGUUGUCAAUUUAAUUUGAAUUUUUUUCAGCUUCAAUCAAUUCAAAGUUCCGAAGAGAAAACAUGCAUUGAACUUCCGAAUGUUGAGCAAAAAAACAAAAUGGAUUUGGAUUAUAGUGAGAUCCUUUCGCAAGAAGUUUGGAUCGAAACAACUUCUCAAAAUAUCAGUGUUACACCGACGCCGAUAUCGAAAAAUGCUCCAAAGCCACCGCCACUUCCACCGGGUGGUUUAUUGAAAUCUGGAGCUCCUAUUCCGCCACCAUUGCCGCCUGGAGGAUUUGCAACAUCUGGACCUCCACCUCCUCCUCCUCCACUUCCACCUGGUGGAAUUUUCAAUGGUCCCCCACUUCCAUCAUCUGGAAUUUCAACAAACGCGCCAACGGCUCCACCAAUGCCUCCUGGAGGAUUAUUAAAAGGUGGCCCUCCGAUGUUACCAUCAGCAGGUUUAACAAAGAACGGACCUCCACCUCCUCCGCCAAUGCCGCCAGGAGGAUUCGCAACAUCUGGACCCCCACCUCCUCCUCCACUUCCACCUGGUGGAAUUUCAUCUGGAAUUUCAACAAACGCGCCACCGCCUCCACCAAUGCCUCCUGGGGGAUUUUCGAAAAAUGGACCGCCGCCACCUCCGCCUUUACCACCAGCAGGUUUCACAAAGAACGGACCUCCGCCGCCGCCGCCAAUGCCUCCAGGCGGUCUAUCAAAAGGUGCGCCUCCAGCUCCGCCUCCCCCACCAUUUUUGUUGAAUGGCAACCCGAUAAGUAAGAGAAAAUUAAUGCGGUUCCCAAAAAAUCAACCCUUCUUCUUCCAGGUCCAUUAAAUACAUCUUCUCCGCCAGUCUUGUCACCAGGUGUCAUCAAAUCGGCAGUCGUUUAUCGAAAAGAGAAGAAAACAUGUUUGGUGCGAUGGCAAAAAUUGAAUCCGAUGCAAAUGCAAGGCGCCGGAACGGUUUUCAACGAUUCGAUUUGUGUCGAUUUCAAUGAAGACGAACGACUUCGAAUGCAGGAAGUUUUCGAAGAGGCGCAAAUUCGACAAGCGACUCGAAAUGUUGGUGGAUCGGUUGGAAGAGCGUUUGGACAGAAAAUGGCGAGAGCAACAAUUUCGUCAUCGGAUUCGAAUACGCAAAGAUCGCCGACAACUCAGCAGAUUUUGUGCUCACCGAAAGCGUUGACGAUUGAGAUUUUGUUGAAAAAGUGGGUUUUUGUGGAAUUUUUAUAGGAAUUAAAAGAAGUUUCGAAAUUGGGAAUAUUUUCUUGAUUUUUUCAUUUUUCGGAAUUCUAUAUUUCAAAAGUUUCUUUAAAAAUUCGAAUAAAUUCAAAAAAAAUUUUUUUCAGAUUGAAGCCACUCAGUUUCACCGAACUCAUCGAAAAACUCGAAAACAAUGAUACGAACGGAAUCAAGAUCGAUCUUAUGGGAACUCUUCAUUCCAAUUAUCCCGAACCUGAUGAACUCGCUCCAUUUGAAAAUGUGGAAUUGGCCAAAUUAUCGCAUGCUAGCGAUCAAUUUUGUUGGCAUAUCUCCAGAAAGAAGACGCUGAAAUUGCGAAUUGAAUUGUUGAUCACAAAAGAGAAUGUGGUUUCGGAGGUGAGUUUUCUUGUUUUUUUUUUAAAUAUUGUUUACCAAUCAUUUUUUAGAUAACGAAAUUCGAAAAUCAAGUGGAUAUUUUGUUGUCGGCUUGUCGAUUAGCCCGCGGUGAUGUAAUUCAACUUAUCCUCCGAAAAUGUUUGCAAUAUGGAAAUUAUUUGAAUCAGGGAUCAAUGUUCGCCGAAGCUGCUGGAUUUUCAUUGAAUUAUUUUUUGACAUUAUUGCAGUUGAAAGGAAAAGGCCAACAUUCGACAACUCGGCUUGUGGAUUUACUUGUCGAUUUUUGUGAUCUUCCAACAAGUCAAAUUGAAGAAACACAUGCGAAAAUGUUGGCUGUUCGAUCGAUUAAUUUGAAUGAUUUGAAUGCGGCAGUCGAUCAAGUCGAAAAGACUAUUAAACGAUUGAAUGGAGCAAUGGAAAGAUCGAAGGAUGAGAAAUUGGUCGCGGCUUAUACUCCGUUUAUUGAGGUUUGGUAGUUUUUCAUUUUUAAAAUUUUGGUUAAAGAAUCCCUUUAAAAAAUAAGUUUUGUUUAUUCCAGAAAGUCAGCAGACAACUCGCCGAUGUUCGAAGCGGAAUUGAUGAAUUGCGACUCGCCGAGCAACAAAUUCGCGAGUAUCUAUGUGGUGGAGAUAUGGCGCUCCAAGCAAUCUUUGAAAUUCUUGAGCAAGCGAUGAAAGUUGUGGGAGACGCGAUCAAACAGGCGCUCAACAAAUCACGCAUUCAACGAGCGACUUCAAUGCAUUCUCUGCCGAGUAUUGCGAUUCGAUCGUUGAAAGAUGGCGAAAAAACGCUGGGUCGACAAUCAUUGGCUCUCAACUCGAGGGAAUUGCCGGUUGAAGAGUUGAAGAGAAUGUUUUCGACCAGAACAUCGUCAGAAUUUCAGCAGAGAAGAAAGAAAGCGCCAUCGCCGUUGGCUACUGUGAGUUUUUUUUAUGUUUAUAAAAAUCUGGAAAUAAGUUUUGAAAAAUAUUUUAUUUUUCUCAUUUCCAAAAAAUCAAAACAUUCAAAACCUCUAUUCAAUUUUUCCAGGAAACAACGACUUCUCCAACUCGAACUCGCCGCCGAAGCAAAGAAAAAGAAGCACCGAUUCCAACUGAUGAAAAUGCUUCGCAAACUUCAAUCGCGCCAAUUCCACCAAGUGAGCCAACACCAAGUCCACCAAUUUUGGCUGAAACUGUACAAAAUCGUCUUGCCACCAAAAUCGAUAUAACAAAUAUGGUCGGAAGUCCUGUAUAA